AUGCGAAGGCUAAGCAAUACAGUUAAAAAUCACCUCUCGACUGAAAAUGGCCAAGAAAUUCCCUUCUUUCCACUGGAAGAGCCAAAGCAUCGGCGUAAAAUCUCCUGGCGUCUGCCAAAAUUCCUUCGUGAGCAUGGAUCCAAUGGCUAUGUUCGAUGUAGGCAUGACUACGAGGAGGCGCCAAGUUCGAAUGCCAUCGAGCUGAAGACAAAAGUUUCCGCCUGUGCAGAACGAGUUAGCUGGCCAGCAAUUUCUACCAGACAGACGAGAAGACCCAUUUCUGAGGUCAUUUCGUCGUCAGUCGACCUCCACGACUCGUGUCAGCAGACACUGAAUCCGAUCAAGCUCAUUUUAAACGCAAUGCUUGACCACAAAUGGCAUCGGGUCAUGGAACUCCUGUCCCAAAACAUUCCAACUCACACAACCCUGGAAAAUGGUACAUCUUUGUCCCUGCUUGAUCUUUUUCUCUAUUCCUGUGUUUUUGUGCAAGCAUCUGACACCACUGUCACCAACGACUACGAUCAUAUUGUUGUCAGGAUAUUGGACACCUUACUUGCCCGUGGCUGUUCGGUUGAGAUAUGCACAACGGGAAUACAAAAAAGGGUGCUCAUCUCCAUGUACCAUAGCCUGUACAGCCAAUCAAACAUCGACUUUCAUGCCAUAUUUCGACGACUCCUUCAAAGCGGCCUCCAAAGUCCGGCUGAUCUACUGGUCAACGGUGAGGUGAAGGCGACUCCCUACUACCACCUUCUGGAGGAGUAUGCAAGAUGGCGGCUGCAUAAUCCCCACAUGAAAUGGCCACCUAACUCACUCAUUUCAAAGUUUCUUCUUCUCCUCAAUCUGCUCUACUCAGGUGCUACCAUCCUUCCAGAUAUUGCCCGCACCGAUGAUCAUGCCAUUGCCUCCAUAAUUGACGGAACCCACGCCAGAAUAAGUACUCUCUUUAGGCUCAAUCCACUCUCCCUAUUCGCUCUGACCCGCCUGAAGACCAUUCGACAGUACCCCCAGUCUGUCCAUGAAAUGAAACAACUCAUGGAGUGGUUAAACAUUGUCCCCACCCUGCCCGACAAUGUUCGACGUGAUUUGAUGUUUCUUGAACGACGCGCACUAGAAAAUGACCUCUCAUUUAUCCUUUUAAAUGACACAAAUAAAGAGAUUUUAUCCUAUGAGCGGCGGCAAGAGGGACUGGAGAUGUCUUUCCCCCCUUUCGAGGAUGGAGGUGUAACUGGGUCGUCUCAGGCUGAAGUUCUGAGUCCUCUUACCUGCCAGUUAGCGAAAUCGGUGACACUUUUGUCCACGUUAGAUCACGUCGGUGUUUCACUUCCUUCCUGCAUCGUGCCUUACCUCCAGAUUUGUCAGUAUCUCUAUGGACCACAAAAGAGGCUUUCAAGCUCACGUGUGAAGGAUACCUCACGUAGUCUUUGUGACAGCCGAAAUGUGGAAUGA